CCGCUGCUGAACGCCGUGCUGGUGCUGCCUCCCGCGGCCGCCGCCUCUGCUGAGGGAAAAGGGCUCCCCCGCGGCUGAGGCGCCCUCCCGCUCCCUUCCCCCAUCCUCCCGAGUUUCCGUUAACAGCCGCCGCCGCCUCCUCCUCGCUUUUCCGUGCCGGCACCUCAGCCUGGCCAGGCGGCCCAACGCCGUGCCUCCAACCGCGGAGAAGGAGCAGGAAGAGAGGCUCCUAGUACCGCCGCUGCCGUUUCCCUGCCUUCCUUCCUUCCGUUCUCUCGAGGCCGCCGGAGAAAGAUGGCGUGGGUGCUGAAGAUGGACGAGGUGAUCGAGUCUGGGCUGGCGCACGACUUCGACGCCAGCCUCUCCGGCAUCGGGCAGGAGCUCGGGGCUGGCGCCUAUAGCAUGAGUGAUGUUCUGGCUUUGCCCAUUUUCAAGCAAGAAGAUUCUAGCCUUCCACCUGAUAAUGAUGCAAAACAUCCACCUUUUCAAUAUGUUAUGUGUGCUGCAACAUCUCCUGCUGUCAAACUGCAUGAUGAAACCCUUACUUACUUAAAUCAAGGUCAGUCCUAUGAAAUACGUCUGUUAGAUAAUCGAAAAAUGGGAGAUAUGCCAGAAAUUAGUGGAAAACUGGUAAAGAGUAUCAUAAGAGUUGUGUUCCAUGACAGAAGACUGCAGUAUACAGAGCAUCAGCAGCUAGAGGGCUGGAAGUGGAAUCGUCCUGGAGACAGACUACUUGAUUUAGAUAUUCCUAUGUCAGUUGGAGUAAUCGAUAUACGGACAAAUGCAAGCCAGCUCAAUGCAGUUGAAUUUCUGUGGGAUCCUGGAAAACGAACAUCUGCCUUUAUUCAGGUACAUUGUAUCAGCACUGAAUUUACGCCUCGCAAACAUGGAGGUGAAAAAGGAGUUCCUUUUAGGAUUCAGGUUGACACGUUUAAACAGGCUGAAAAUGGCGAAUACACUGAUCAUCUGCAUUCAGCUAGUUGCCAAAUUAAAGUUUUUAAGCCGAAAGGGGCAGACAGGAAGCAGAAAACCGACAGAGAAAAGAUGGAUAAACGAACUGCCCCCGAAAAGGAAAAAUAUCAGCCUUCAUAUGACACUACAAUUCUCACAGAGAUGAGGCUUGAGCCUAUAAUUGAAGAUGCAGUUGAACAUGAGCAGAAAAAGUCCAGCAAGCGGACUUUGCCAGCAGACUACGGUGAUUCUCUGGCAAAGCGAGGCAGUUGUUCACCAUGGCCUGAUACACCUACUGCAUUUGUGAACAGUAGCCCUACCCCAACUCCGACUUUUUCCUCUACUACAUGUACUACUUACAAUGUCCCAGACAGUAAUUCAUCAUCUCCAAAUCACCAAGGAGAUGGAAUUCCACAAGUGUCUGGAGAGCAACUUCAUCCUUCAGCCACAAUCCAGGAAACCCAACAGUGGUUGCUGAAACAUAGGUUUUCUUCUUACACAAGGCUGUUCUCAAAUUUCUCAGGUGCUGAUUUAUUGAAGCUGACAAGAGAAGACCUAGUACAGAUCUGUGGUCCAGCUGAUGGAAUUCGGCUAUACAAUGCACUUAAAUCAAGGUCUGUUAGGCCACGUCUAACAAUCUAUGUAUGCCAGGAGCAAUCAAGGAGCGUACAACUGGAAAGGCAGCAAGACUCAGGCAGUGUGGAGAGCAGGAAUGGUGCAAUAUACGUUUAUCAUGCAAUCUACUUGGAAGAAAUGGCUGCCUCAGAAGUCACUCGAAAGCUUGCUUCGGUGUUCAAUAUUCCUUUGCAUCAGAUUAAUCAGGUUUACAGACAGGGUCCUACUGGCAUUCAUAUCAUUGUCAGCGAUCAGAUGGUGCAGAACUUUGAAGAUGAGAGCUGUUUCUUAGUUACCACAAUAAAAGAUGAAAAUGGUGAAGGCUUCCAUAUAAUUUUGAAGUGAUAUUGCCAUACCUAUGAUGGACUGAUAUUCCAGUAUAGAAUGAAGUCAUGCUCAAGAAUGACCAAUUAACAUCCAAGUCUUUUCAGAGAUCUGACUUCACCGUAUAGAAUGUUUCAUAUUGAAAACACAAGAUGACCUUUCUAAUGAGCUGUUUAGUAGAUGAACUUAUCACUGCCAUAGCCAAAUGUCCUCAUUAGAGGUAUAAAUGCCAUGACAGCUUAUGUACAGGCAUGGAAAAAGCAAAGUAAACAAAGGUGUUUGCCCUUUUUGAAAUAAGGCAAGCUAUGGCCAGUAGAUGCAGUUUCUAGAAGCAGUACUGCUUUCCUAUUACACUGUAUCCAGUUUGAAUGUAAACUUAUUCUGGGCAUUUACCUUUCUGUGCCAGUUUGUCUAUUACUUGCUUGUACCUUAUGCUGAUUUUUUAUGUUAGCAGAGCACAUAGUAAUUUGUGUGGAGAUAAGUAGUGAUGAUGAUAGCCAAUCAGGUUUUCGGGUCUUGAAAGUAAAGCUGUUAAAACAGCAUCCUCUGUGUAAAGUGUGUAUAAGCGUGAAUGUAAGAAGUGCAAAUGUCAGAGUUGGACUUGAUUGAAGUCCUAGCCAGAUGAAAACAAAGCAUGCAGCAGAAUGCAUUACCAUUAGUACCUAAUCGAGAGGACUGGUAUAAAUCCUUUUAAGGUACAAUAUUUUGCUUUGUAAUGGGUUCAUUGAAAAAGAUCUUCCUAUGCAUCAUGUCUUUUAGUUUUUCUAUGAAGCACUGUUGCAGUUCAUAUUUUUCAUUUUUUUUAAACUACCUUCUUAAAUAGUGAUGAGUUGGGACUUUCUUAUGGAGAAAAAGGGAACGACAUAUGGCCACCAAGGGACAGUGUUGAAGCACCAAACAAGAAUCCAGAAAUCACACAAAUGCUAAACCUAGCAGCUGCUAUUCUUAAUUAUAGAAUAGCAUCUUUCCAUGACUGCUCCUGUGUGUGAACUGUCACUUCCUAUUUUUCACUAGCCUCUUACAGAGAAAACAUUGUUACAGUGCCUCUUUCAUACAACCAAAUACUUGACUGGUAGAUAUGCAUUGUAAUGAAUUAACUGAAAAAAUGUAAAGAUCUUAAAAUCAGCUGUAGAUGUAUAUCUGUUCCUGAAUUCUGUAUUGGAGGUACUUCAGUAUGGCCCUUGAAUCAAAUAAUUCAGUCUUGAAUAAUAUUGUGAAAACUUGAGGAGAAAAACAGCAGCAUGUAAAAAAAAUUCAUUCCCAGUUAAGUAUUCUAGGCUAUGAGCUUAGCAAAAAGUUUUAAGUUUUGUUUAAAAAUAGUUCUUUCAUGACUUAGAAUGAAUGCUUGCUUUUUCCCUCUUGAUCUAGACUGUUCUGCACUGAUGGGGAGGGGGGUGGUAUUUGUGAGCAUAGUUUUAAGUAUUUUGAGUUUUUCUGCCUAUAAAUUAUUUUUGGUUGUAUUGGGGGGUGUCUUGAAUUGACCUGUCAUCUCAGCACCAUUUUCCAAAUUUGAGAAUCUUUGAAGUCACUAAAUUCUAAAAGCUAUUAAGAAUUGUAUAGUAGCUUGGUUCACUUGGGAUUUAAUUAUGGCACCAACAAAUUGCUUUUGUUUUUAAAUGGGAUGUACACAUUUCAAUUUCAGUAAAAACUUUUCCAAUAA